AUGGUUCGUCCGCCAUUAUUAUCAUCCUAUGACGAUUCGAACAUCUCAUUUUCGUCGUUAUCAACCGAAUCUGGUGAAUUUACUGUUACAUCCGAUAUUGUCAGUCCAUCACCACAUGCAACAACCGACUUAUCGACUACUCGAAAUCCAUAUGUUGAACAGUAUUUGAAUAUCUAUUAUAAAAAAUCGCUCGAUUCAUCAAUGUUAUCAACAACCAGACAAUUAGUUGAGAAUACAUUAGCAUUAUACGACAGUAUGGACGAUGAAGCAGCUAAUUCUUAUAUUCUUUCGUUUAUUUUGCUACGUGUUGGUUGCGUUUCGAGAACGUAUGAUUUCGAACAAUUUAUCGAUAUGAAUCGAGAAGAAAAGGAUAAGAUUAUCAAAGAUAAUUGGUCCGGAAGAAAAAUUCUAAUGAAUCUAUCAUCUAAAGAUGAAGAAGUGGAAAAGAAUUACAAACGUUUUGAAGCUUAUUUCUCUACACUAGCUUGCCUUCGUUUCGACGACAUUCUUCGAGUGAACAACGAAACAAAUCUAAAGAAAAUUAUCUAUUUAUUAAUGGAUGAUAUUCAAUCGCCGAUUAUUGAAUAUCGUUUUACAACAUUACUAGCACUUGAAGCAAUUCUACGUGGAUUAAUAACAACAGUUGCUCAUGGAAGAAGAAACAAACCGGGAAAGAUUUCACCAUUCAUCGGACAUAAAGAUGCAAUGAAAAUAUUCGAAUUGAUUUCCAUGACUUUUGCAAAAGCAAUUGUGCCGCGUCUUUCUGAUUCUGAAGCACAAAUUGGUCAUGUUGCAUUUCAAGCGUUGAUUGAAUUAUUGGAAAUUUGGCCAAAUACUUGGAUAUCGAAAGAAAUAUUCGAUGAAUGUAUUUACUCGAUUGUAUCUCAAGAUGAUAAAUCCGAUUUCAUCAAUUCUAUUCGUGCAAUUCGAACUGUACUAACUCACAAAGAACUUGAUCGAGAUGCAAUUCACUCAUUUAUCUAUCAUCUACUUAUCAAAAUUUCCUCCGAUGAGUUCGAACUUCUAUCUGUUUCUCACACAAUUUCGGUCUACAAACUCGUCAACGAUAUCCUAACAAUUUAUCCAGAUAUGUUUUCCAUGAAGAUGAUCUACCGUUGGUCAAGUGGAAUCUUUCAAGAUAAUAAUCGAACACAAAAAUUAGCGUUGAAUAUUCUUGUACGAUUUAUUCAAAUGAACGAAGAUCAAUUUCAAUCGACAACGAUUUGGCCUUAUAUCAUUCGUAUCUAUACGACUAUCUUCCAAUUGAAUGUUAGUGAAGAAACAACAGCUUGUUUAAUCCAUGCAAUUGAAAAUAAUUUGAAAAUUUCCACCAUUCUAUCGAAUCUCUCCGGCAUUGAAUAUUACAUCGAAACAAAGAUCUUUGAUAAUUCUCAAAUUGCAUCCAUUCUUGUUAUUCUUCAACUACUUCGAUCACUUUUCAUUCUUCAUGUUAAUCGGCAACGAUCAGCAAUGGCAGUCGAUGAUGAAGAACAUGAUGAUAAUGAAAUCAUUUGUCGAAAUAUUAGCCGAUUGACAUUUAAAUUUAUAACACGGAUUGUUCAACAAGACAAUAUUCAUAAAUUAAUCUUAAUUGAAUGUUUAACUGCAUUGCAAACAACACUUUGUUCAUUACCUGUCGAACAUACUCGUGAGAACUCACUUUCACUAACAGAUUUAAUCAAUGAAAUGAAAAUGAUGCUAACUACUCAUCAAUUAGCUGAUACAUCGAUCGAGACAAUGAUAGAUGAAUAA